GAAAGUAAGAUCGAUAUCAACGUGGAAAACCGAAGUUUGACAAUAUAUAACCUCUCAAUACAAGAUACAGCCAAUUAUACCUGUAAAGUUUACAUUGAGAAUAUUCAAACAUUUGAACGGAAUAUAACUCAUCAACUUAUUGUACAAGAUGUACCAAGUGCUCCCAGCAAGCCGAUUAUAGAUGAAGUAGCAGCAACAGAAGCCAGAGCUCGGUGGAAUGGUAGCGAACUCAGUAACAAUAGUCCAUUGACUGUUUAUAUUUUAACGACAAGAGGAGAAAGAGAAGUGACAGUUGGCAGUGAUAGCCGUGAAUUAAUAAUCACUGAUCUUGAACCAUAUACCUGCUAUCGUAUUAAAAUAACAGCUAAAAAUAUCAUUGGACGCAGUUACUUUUCACCCCCUAGUGAUGACUUUUACACUAAAUCUACUGCUCCCCAAGCAGCACCCAAAAAUUUCAAAGCCUUCAGCCCCAACAGUUCUGAGAUCUGGUUAGAGUGGGACUCACCCUCUUCGGCUGGCAUUAACGGGCAACUGAAAGGUUUUAUUAUACUCUACAAAACUCAAGGUUUCAUGGAGGAGAGCCUUAGACUUGAUAGUCCAGGGGAAACUCAAAUGAAGCUACAAGGGUUAAAGGCGUACACUAUGUAUACUGUAUCAAUUCAAGUAUAUAAUGAAAUAGACGCAGGACCUACAGAAACACUGGUAGCCCGAACAGCUGAAGGAAUUCCAUCUGCUCCAAGAAUUACUCAUCUUACUGGAAGGAUGUCUGACUCGUUCCAUGUUCAUUGGGAACCACCACAGGAAACUAACGGCGUCGUCAUAAAAUACGAACUACAGUGGCGCCACAAUUCUACGUUGCGAACUCGUAUAAUACAGGGACAUCUAGCUAAUCCUAUGAUAGCUUACGUUACUAACUUAAAACCUUACACGGAAUAUAAAUUACGUGUAGCAGCGUUUACUGGAGGUGGAAAAGGACCUUUUAGUGAAGAACAUCCAGCCUUGACUGAUCUUAGAGGUCCUAGUGAGCCUAUAUUUAAAAACCUAACCGUCAUAGCACCAGACCUCCUGUAUAUAUCAUGGAAUAAACCAAAUCUGUAUUAUAAAAAUAUUGAUAACUAUCUAUUGAGAUGGACAGAAAUUGAUGCCAAAGGCAAGGCUCAGGAUAAAUUACUGAAUGGUUCAGUCCAAGAGUUUAAACUAAGAUUGCCCCCAAAUAAGAUGUAUAAAAUAAAGAUGGCUGGAAUAUCAAAGGCCAUCUUCUCCAACAGCCAUUUUGUGGGAAAGUUCACAGAAUAUAAAGAAUUUGUUAUGGGAGGUAAGGAUGACCCGAAUGCAGAGUUUGUAAAUACUGGAGAUAGUUCUGGUAUCAUUGCUGGUGUGGUCACAGCUAUCAUUGUUAUAUUAGUCUUAGUUCUUAUUAUUGUUAGCUAUAGAUCAUUCCAAUGUAGAAAAUGUUAUCAAGCAGCCUAUUAUUAUCUAGCUGUACCUAGUAAUUCCAGUUCAGCACCUACAACAGUUAUAACCGUAGCAGAACCUUCAGGUUGGUACAAUGAAAAGGAAUACCCUGAUAUAGCAGUAGAUAAUUUUAUAUCUCAUGUAGAAAGUCUACAUGCUGACAGUGAUUUCGGCUUCGCUCAAGAAUUCGAUGAUGUCAAUCGGAAUACUAAAACAGAUUUUAAAUCUGACAGUUCGGCUCAACCUGAAAAUAAGGGCAAGAAUCGCUACAUUAACAUAGCAGCUUUUGACCAUUCUAGAGUAGUAUUAAAAACAGAGCUUGGCAGAAUACGUCAGUCUGACUAUAUCAACGCUAAUUAUAUAGAUGGCUACAAGAAACCACGAGCCUAUAUCGCCACCCAGGGGCCUCUACCCCAAUCUUUUGGUGACUUUUGGAGAAUGAUUUGGGAGCAGAAUACAUCAGUCAUAGUUAUGAUAACUAAUUUGAUGGAGAGGGGCAGGAGAAAAUGUGAUCAGUAUUGGCCUAGUGAUGGUUUAGAACUAUACGGAAACAUGUCCGUCAAGAUAUUAAACACUGUACCUAGAGCUCAUUAUACCAUUCGAAUCUUCUCUCUACGUAAUAUGAAGGUAAAAAAGAAACAUUCGGUGAAGGGAGUUGGUGAAAGACUGGUGUACCAGUAUCAUUAUACGGAAUGGCCAGAUCACGGUGUUCCAGACUACACCCUCCCCCCGUUAACCUUUAUUCAGAAAUCAGCUGAGGCGAAUCGUGAGGGUGGGGGACCAAUAGUCGUUCAUUGUAGUGCUGGUAUAGGUAGAACUGGUACUUAUAUUCUAAUAGACAGUAUGAUAGCUCAAAUUAAAGAUAAAGGUAUCAUCAAUAUACCCAGUUUUCUUCUACAUAUACGAAAACAACGAAAUUUCCUCGUUCAAACUGAGGAUCAGUAUAUGUUUAUUCAUGAUGUGAUAGUAGAGUAUUUAUUAGGUGGAGGAGAGUUAACAGAAAUACAAGAGAAUAACCUGAAUAAUUAUAUCAGUAAGCUAGAUCAAGAACAAGAACUAUGUAACGGCACCACAACUAUCUGUGAAUCUCAACUUCUUAAACAAUAUAAGUUGGCUACAUCACAUAUUGCAUCAGAUGAGGACAAAUCUCAAAGUUUAAAGCCUUAUAACCUUGAUAAAAACAGGAAUUUAAACUUACUACCGGUGAAUUUAAAACGUGUCACGCUGCCAGCAAGACCAGGAAUCGAAGGUUCUGAUUAUAUUAAUGCUACUUAUCUUCAGGGUUAUUAUAAAUCAAAUGAGUUUAUUAUUAGUCAACACCCUAUGGAGGAUACUGUGGAAGAUUUUUGGAGAAUGGUGUGGGAUAGAUCUAGUCCUGUUAUUGUAGUUUUAUCUCAAAUAGAUGAAGAGGAUCUGAAGACAUUUUGGCCAGAGAAAGACAACUCUCUGGAGGUGACCAACGUGUUUAAAUUGGCUUUACGUGUAGAGGAUCAGGAAACUCAAGAAAAUAUCAAAGACUUUAUAUUAGAGUCUACUCAGUAUGACUAUACAUUUAUGACGAAGUUGAUAACAACUCAAGGGGCGAUAUGGCCAGAUUCGUGUCAACCAUUACAUUGUGUAUUUGAUUUAAUACAACUAGCUCAGAAAUAUCAACAAUUUAAUGAUAUCGGACCGGUGAUAGUUAUUGAUAGGGAUGGUGGUGUAUCAGCUAGUAAAUUCUGUGCUCUCUGGACUCUGUUUAACCAGCUAGCCAACGAUCAUGUGAUAGAUGUGUAUCAGUUAGCCAAGUUAUAUCAUUUAAAACGCCCGGGUGUUAUCGGUGAACAGGAUGAUUAUCUAUUUCUAUAUAAAGCUAUAGAGAGUUUAUCUUUACAUUAUUUAGAAGAGAAGGAAUCUGUGUCGUCCUCACCGAGGCACCAUAACUCUCAUUAUGGUUCCAUGAGAAAAAACGGUACACUACCACAUAAUAACACCAAUAGUACUCUCAACAAGAGCGAAACUGUAAUCUAA